AUGUCAGCCGCCGUCGCGCCGUUCUCCGUUUGCCCCGGUGGCUUCACAGACUUUACCUUCAAGACUGAGAAUGGAGUGCCCGUUCCUCUGAGAUUGUGGGCAGCUGGAUCAGGAGCGAAGAACGCUCCGUGGAUAUUCUGGAUCCACGGUGGUGGAUGGAUUGCAGGCAAACACUGGCGGCCUAACUGGUGGGUGAACCCUGCGUUUACCUCGCGAGGGUAUCACAUCGUCAGCGUUGGAUAUCGCUACAUUCCUGAAGUGUCCAUCGACGAUAUCAUCAAGGAUGUGAUGGAUGGUUUCGCUUGGUGUCGAAAAAACCUCCCUGAUCUCGUCGGGAAAGACGCCAUCAAUCUCGAUGCGUAUGCCGUGGGAGGCGAUUCAGCAGGUGGAUCCCUAUGUACACAAAUGGGUAUCCUGCUCGAACCUUCCCCUCGAUGCGUUGUGGAUCUGUAUGGCGUGGUCGAUCUCUCCAUGGCGCACUAUCACGAGGAGGUCUCACCGGAGAAAUUGGAUGGUCUCUCCCAUCCCUUCGAUGAAGUAAAGAAGGCAGCAGCCAGUCGAGACUCAUCUCAAGCAAUGACGUCCGGAGCUUUCUUCUGGGAGUUUCCGCCGGAACGAAGUGCCAAAGACCUGUCAAGUAUGUGGGGCACACCAUACGAAGUAACGGACAAGGAUCGAAUGAGAAUGGAUGUCUACUUGUACCUCACGUCGAAUCACCUUCUGUUCAAGGCUGGAUUGAGGAGAGAAAACUACGACUCGGACGAAGCGUUCAUCUCAAAGCUCAAGUCGAUCUCGCCUCUCUACAUGAUCGACGAGAAGAAAUCGUAUCCUCCAACGGUGUUGAUCCACGGCACGAAAGAUGAGGCUGUCCCUAUCGAGCAGAGCUACCAAUUUGAGAAUAAGCUAAAAGCCCUCAACGUGCCUGUCUUAGGAUUGUACGAGGAAGGCGCAGGUCAUAAUUUUGAGAGCAAAGCCCUUGGCCCGAACGAUAAGUACUGGAACGAGUACAUUGUCCCCACCAUGGACUUUGUGGACAAGCACGUCAAAAACUGA